AUGAAGUUGCUCUCUCUCCUCAGCCUCACGGCUCUGGUCACGGCUGUUCCGGCCCCGGAGCCCGUCAACCCCGGCCCCGGUCACGGCAAGCCCUUUUUCUACAAAGGCCACGACCUGAGCUCUCUCAAGAUGCUCGAGGAGAACCAAAACAUCUACAUUGACACGGCGCGCGGCAACGCGACUCGCCCGGCCGACGACAUCCUCGCCGACGGCGGCAUGAACGCCGUCCGUCUCCGCCUGUGGGUGAACCCGCCUGACGGGACCUACGGCCUCAACUACACCAUCGACCUGGCCAAGCGCUUCCAGGCCAAGGGCCAGCGCAUCUUCUUGGACUUCCACUUCGCCGACAGCUGGGCCGACCCGCAGAAGCAGCCGCUGCCCGCGGCGUGGCCGACGCAGCUGGAGCCCCUGGCCGGCACGCUGCGCAACUAUGUCCGCGAGACGCUUGUCGCCUUCAAGGACGCCGGCGUGACGCUGGAUAUCGUGUCGUUGGGCAACGAGCUCCGCCACGGCACGCUGUGGCCUCUGGGUCAGGUGAACGUCGACGUGCAGCCGUGGUCGGCGCUGGUCAAGAACUUUACCAACUUUGCGACGCUCUACAAGGCCGCGCGGGCGGGCGUGAAAGACGCGACGUGCGCGGGCGUGCCCAAGCCCGAGGUCAUGAUCCACCUCGACAACGGCUGGAACCUGACGCUGCAGGAGCGGUGGUACGGCGCGCUCGUCGACAACGGGGUGCCGCUGUCGGCGUGGGACAGCUUCGGGUUUAGCUUUUACCCGUUCUACGGCACGUCGGCGACGUUUGCGAACCUCAAGAACACGCUCAAGGUGCUCGGAGAGAAGUACGGCAAGCCGAUGCAGGUUGUCGAGACGGAUUACCCUGCCAUCUGCAACGGGCAGUGGAACCCGAUCCCCGAGUCGUCGGAGCCGAGUAUCCCGUACAAUGUUGAUGGUCAGGUGCAGUGGAUGAAGAAGCUGCUCAAGACUGUGAGGGAGACGCCCAAGGGUCUUGGACAGGGUGUUUGGUACUGGGAGCCUGCGUGGUUGAACAACACGAGCUUGGGAAGUGACUGCAACGACGCCGUCUUGUUUGAGCCGGAUUACAGCCAGUGGCCCAAGACGUUUGGAUACUCGCGCUCGUCUGUCAAUGUCUACUUGGAAAAGUAG